AUGCCCAAGCAAACAGAUCAAAAAGCAUGUCUGAGUACGUUGUCUAUCCCUCCUCAGUCUGCCCCUCCAUCUUCCCCGGACACUCCCGGCCCAGAGCCUCCCGCAAAAGACGCCGUCCUGGGUACCACGGACCGCGCUAUAGCCGCAGGCGAUGGCGGCAGUGGACAUCAGGUCGUUAUUGAUGGCUGGGGUAUUCCCUCCAAGGACUCACCCGCCAACGGCGAUGCCAUCACCAAUGCAAAGACCCCUGUAAUGGAUGAGCUCUACAAGAGCGCCACCGGAUUCACCGAGCUCGAGGCCUCGUCGUUAGCCGUCGGUCUGCCGGAAGGCCUGAUGGGCAACUCGGAAGUCGGACACUUGAAUAUUGGCGCUGGCCGUGUGGUAUGGCAGGAUGUUGUCCGCAUCGACCAGACAAUCAAGAAGGGCGAGCUGGCACAGAACGAGGUGAUCAAGAAGACCAUUGAGGCUGCCAAGAACGGAAACGGUAGACUGCACCUUUGCGGUCUUGUUUCUCACGGUGGUGUGCACUCCAAGCAGGAGCAUCUGUACGCUCUGCUGAAGGCCGCCAAGGAGGCCGGCAUCCCCAAGGUGUACAUUCAUUUCUUUGGUGACGGACGUGACACCGACCCCAAGUCCGGUGCCGGCUACAUGGAGGAGCUCGUCGCCAAGACCAAGGAGAUUGGUAUUGGUGAGAUUGCUACAGUCGUUGGACGUUACUACGCCAUGGACCGCGACAAGAGAUGGGAGAGAGUCGAGCUGGCGCUCAAGGGUAUGGUUUUGGGAGAGGGCGAGGAGAGCACCGACCCCGUUCAGACCGUCAAGCAGCGAUACGAGACUGGUGAGAACGACGAGUUCCUCAAGCCCAUCAUCGUUGGUGGUAAGGAGGCUCGUAUCCAGGACGGCGAUGAGGUCUUCUUCUUCAACUACCGAUCCGACCGUGUCCGCCAGAUUACCCAACUUCUGGGUGAUGUUGACCGUUCGCCCAGACCUGACUUCCCUUACCCCAAGGCGCAUCUGGUCACCAUGACCCAAUACAAGCUCGACUACCCCUUUGAGAUUGCUUUCAAGCCUCAGCACAUGGGCAACGUCCUCGCCGAGUGGCUCGGCAAGCAGGACGUCGAGCAGGUUCACAUUGCUGAGACCGAAAAGUACGCUCACGUUACCUUCUUCUUCAACGGUGGUGUCGAGAAGGCCUUUGCGCUCGAGACUCGUGACGAGUCGCAGGAUCUUGUGCCCUCCAACAAGAGCGUGGCUACCUACGACAAGGCUCCCGAAAUGAGUGCUGCUGGCGUUGGCAAGCAAGUCGUCAAGCGCCUUGCAGAGCAAAAGUUCCCCUUUGUCAUGAACAACUUUGCUCCUCCGGACAUGGUUGGUCACACUGGUGUGUAUGAGGCUGCUGUCGUUGGUGUUGAGGCCACCGACAAGGCCAUUGGUGAGAUUCUCGAGGGCUGCAAGAAGGAGGGUUAUAUUCUGUUCAUCACCGCCGACCACGGCAAUGCUGAGGAGAUGAAGUUCCCCGACGGCAAGCCCAAGACGUCUCACACCACUAACAAGGUCCCCUUGAUCAUGGCCAACGCGCCUGAAGGCUGGAGCCUGAAGAAGGGUGACGAGGGCGUCCUCGGAGAUGUCGCUCCCACAGUUUUGGCUGCCAUGGGUCUGCCUCAACCCGAGGAGAUGACUGGCCAGAGCCUGCUUGUCAAGGCAUAA